GAACCUAGAAAAUGAUGAAACUUUUGGUUUGCGUCCUGCUGGUAGGAUCCUGUACGGCUGUUCCCCUCCUUACCGAUGUGGAACCCUAUAUUACGAAUGGAGAACCGGCGGAGGUGGGUCAGUUUCCCUACCAGGCCGGUCUGAACGUCUCCUUCGGGAACUGGAGCACUUGGUGCGGCGGCACCUUGAUCUCACACUACUGGAUAAUCACAGCAGCACACUGCAUGGAUGGGGCGGAGUCCGUAACGGUCUAUUUGGGGGCCAUAAACAUCGGUGAUGAGUCCGAGGAGGGUCAAGAAAGGAUCAUGGUGGAGAAGUCGGGUAUUAUAGUGCACUCGAACUAUAUGGCCAGCACGGUGGUCAACGACAUCUCGCUUAUUCGAUUGCCCGCCUUUGUGGGUUUCACUGAUCGCAUCCGGGCCGCCAGUUUGCCCCGUCGCUUGAAUGGCCAGUUUCCCACGUACGAGUCCAUCCGGGCCUUCGCCUCCGGCUGGGGGCGGGAAAGCGAUGCCUCCGACUCGGUUUCCCCCGUGCUGAGAUACGUGGAGAUGCCCAUUAUGCCUCACUCCCUGUGCCGGAUGUACUGGAGUGGAGCUGUGUCGGAGAAGAUGAUCUGCAUGAGCACCACCAGCGGCAAGUCCACCUGCCAUGGUGACUCUGGCGGUCCGCUGGUCUACAAGCAGGGCAACUCCAGCUACCUGAUCGGAUCCACCUCUUUUGGAACCUCUAUGGGAUGUCAAGUGGGAUUCCCGGCCGUGUUCACCCGCAUCAGCAGCUACUUGGACUGGAUCCUUAACCAUAUCAUCGCCCAUAAUAAAGAAUAAGCUAAGACUAAACUGUUCUUCCUAAGAAAGAUCUACUUGCAAUGAUUUAAAUAAACUGGAUAAUUAAAACACUCUAAAGAGCGGUAAAGUACAUUAUGACUCCAUUAAAAUGCAUCUAAAUUACAAAUUCUCUCUUCCAAAUUAGAAUCCUAUUUUAGUUAAGAUAUUUAUUUAAAUUAUUUAAGAGUUAUUUGCUAACGAAACAAAUGAGAUAUUUAGAAUAAAUUUAGUUAAAAUUUUAAGUACAAAAUUAAUUAAUAUUUGGACCGUUUUCAAGAAUCUGAAGUUUCGCUCAGAAAGUUGAACAAGAAGUUCCCCCAAGCACCGCAAG